CUCGGCUCCCUUGGGCGGGCGGGACGCGGAGCAGGAGCCGAGCGGAGCCGGAGCCGAAGCGGCGGGGAGAAGCCAUGAGCCCCGAGGAGAAGCCGGGGGGGCCGCCGCCGCCGCCGCCUCAGGCUGGGCGCUGCCGCGGUGCCCGCCCGCAGCAGCAGCAGCAGCAGCAGCCCCGCCGGGGCGGGCUGCUGUCGGAGAUCCGCACGGCCAUCCGCAGCGAGCCCUUCCACCUGCGGUACCGCCUCAGCCCCGGCCGAGAGCUGGGCAGAGGGAAGUUUGCAGUGGUGAAGAAAUGUAUCCAGAAAGACACCGAAAAAGAGUUUGCGGCGAAAUUCAUGAGAAAAAGAAGAAAGGGUCAAGACUGUCGGAUGGAAAUAAUCCAUGAAAUUGCAGUCCUUGAGCUGGCGCAAUGCAACCCGUGGGUCAUUAACUUGCAUGAAGUUUAUGAAACUGCAACAGAGAUGAUUUUAGUCCUGGAAUACGCUGCUGGAGGUGAAAUCUUUGACCAGUGUGUUGCUGAAAGGGAAGAAGCCUUCAAAGAAAAAGACGUCAAGCGACUUAUGAAGCAGAUCCUGGAAGGAGUUUCAUUCCUGCACAGAAACAAUGUAGUUCAUCUUGACCUAAAGCCGCAAAACAUUCUCCUAACCAGUAAGUCUCCUCUGGGAGACAUAAAGAUAGUAGAUUUUGGCCUUUCCAGAAUAAUGAAGAGCAGUGAAGAGCUAAGGGAAAUUAUGGGAACUCCAGAAUACGUAGCUCCUGAAAUACUGAGUUAUGACCCAAUCAGUACAGCAACCGAUAUGUGGAGCAUUGGAGUACUGGCAUAUGUUAUGCUAACAGGGAUAUCGCCUUUCUUAGGGGAUGAUAAACAGGAAACAUUCUUAAAUAUAUCUCAAAUGAAUGUAAGUUACUCUGGAGAAGACUUUGACCUCAUAUCAGAGUCUGCUGUGGAUUUCAUCAAAACUUUGCUGGUUAAGAAACCGGAGGACCGGGCAACUGCUGAGGAAUGUCUUCAACAUCCAUGGCUAGAACAAAGUGAUGAACCUAUUUCCAGGGCCUGGAAUGAGAGUGCAGGAGGGGAGAGCAGCGACGUCACCCAGCAAGAUGCAGAUUCUGCCUCUGAAAAAUCUGUUGAUGCUGAGAAAACCGAGGAGGAUGAAUCAAUAGUGACGGAAGAACUAAUUGUAGUGGCUUCGUAUACACUGGGACAAUGUAGGCAGUCAGAAAAAGAAAAAGCAACUGAGCAGAAAGCCAUUUCCAAACGAUUUAAAUUUGAGGAACCAUUGCUGCAAGAAAUACCAGGAGAAUUCAUUUACUGAACUGUGUGGCGCUUCAUAGCUAUAACUGGAAGGAAGUGCUUUCUGCUAAACAAAAAUAUCUUAGCCAAGGGAAUCUCUGAUACGCAGUAAAUGUUCUAGAUAAACGAAAUGUUGAUAGGUGGCAUCUAAGGAAAAUGUGCCAAGUUUUUAAUUUCAUGGAACAGAUUAAACAAGAUUUCAAGUGGCUGACAUGAAUUUAAUGAAGAUAAAAGCUUAUUUUUGUUUGCAUUUUUUAUUUCCUUUUUUUUUGUCUCUGAGUAGCAGACAAUUUUGUUAAUUGUUCUAAUGUUCUGGCGAAGUUGACAUAGCAGGUGUUUCAGUGACAGAUGUCAAGAGGAGUAUAUUUUAGGAGACGUUUUGUCAUUCAAAGUAAAUUCAUAAUGCUGGGUUUUCCUCAAACACCUUUUGGCACUCCUGACUUCAGUGGAGCUAUCUGCUGAUCUUAAAGUGUACGAGAGAAUCUGACUGGUUUGACAUACAGAUUUCAAAGCUACGCUCUGUGUAUAUUUCUUUGUUUUCAUCAAGUCCAAAGACUCAGACUUAUUUGGUGUAUAGCCAGACAGUGAGCUGGGUUCCCCUAGCAAGAGAUGCAUAUGUCCCACAGGUAAAGAAAUUUUAUCAGUGAACAAUUCCAGAUAGAGUGGUGAUGAUUUUAUUUAUUUGGGAGAGCACAGUAAAAUCCUGCUCUGGAGAGUGAUAAAUGAACUAGCAAGUCAGUCUCGAGAACCAGCAGAGACUCUUCCCUUUCCCUCCUGUAUUGAGCUGGAUGCACUAACAGCACAGCUCAGUGUGUCUGCAUAGUGUUGAUGCGUGGGCAAAAAAAGUGACACAGGGUCUGCUGGAGCUCUGCUGGAGUUACUGAAUUUCUCUCCACUGACUUCAACGUGUUAGAUCAGACAGUUAUCAGACUUAGGAUAAAUCAGCCCUUGAUUUCCCCCCCCCCACCCCCGGAACUCAGCUUGGGUUUUGCUGGGAGCAUGAGGUCAUUGCUGCCUUCUUUCUGUUCCUUUAACAGCUGCUUUAAGGAAGAAAGAAGCAUCCUUAGGCUAAAUUGCAAACCUUGCUCAGUGUAACUAUGAGAGGAAGCAGAAUCUUCUUCCUGAACUGAAACAAUGAAGCACAACUCAUACCUCAUGCUUCCCAAUCGCUCUCCUUAGACGCUUGGAAAAACUGCAUGUGUAUGAUGGGGCAGAGUGGGAUUAGGGAGCUGCGUGGAUGGGGCAGAGUUCUCAGUGGACACGGUCCCUCGGAGGGUAAAGCUGGGACCAACCAGGCAUCAGAGUUGACAGGGUUUUGCAAUGCACAAGUCUGAGGGUCUUGGACUGAGUCCUAGUUUUCUAAGAAGUCUUUAAUAUCGUUGCUGUUCCAAAGUUUAAUUUUUAUGUAAUUGAAGUUUAGUACUAUUAUAUUGCGUACUGUUAACUAUUCAACUAUUUAUUUGGUUUCCUAUGCUGUUCCUUUAUAAUAAACCAUGACAAAAGUUUUCUUGCUAUAAAAUAAUGAACAGAAACUCUGAAGCUAGUUUUCCCUUUUGUUCCUUCUGUGUUGCCACAGACCUUUUCAUUUCAAAUGUACUGGGAAUGUUCUCUUCCUAGCGAACAGGAUUUUCUGUGCUAGUGUUACAGCUCCUUCACACAAAAGGUAAACAGUAUUAAUAACAAAAACAGUGCUGUGGGGAUCUGAUUAGUGUUGCUGUAAGGGUGGGAGGAAAAGCACUAGUAAAGAAGAAAUCUGAACAAAAAAACUGAGUGUGGCAACGUGAAUUUUUCCCUAACACCAGUGGUCUGGUUGCCUUUGCUCGUAGCCACAUCAGAAAAGCAGUGCCUAAGUUAAUCUAUCGGGCUUCUUCCCUUAUGGAGUUACACGCUGAAUGUUCAUGUAGGUAGGGCAACACCUUGCUCCUCAAAGACCUUUAAGAAAGCAUCCAAUAGUCCUUCAAGAAUUGAGCUCGGAUGUAAUUUAUAUUGCAAAGCAGAGAUGCCUUACUUACAUACUUUGGAAAAAUUAGACAUUUCCUGUUUGUUUGUUUUUGUUUUUUUUUUACCUCCUGUAGAUAGCUUCUCACUGCUAUGCACAUUUUCUUUGAUAUCUGUGGCUGGUGACUUGUAGAAGCCAAACAAGGCUCUGAGCUAACAGAGCACUUGUGUUACCUAGGCGUUUCUGGAGGCAAAUGGUAGCUGCGGCGCUGCGUGCCUGCAGCCCCUGCCCUACCUCCACUGCUGAUCUUUCAGAUGCUUUAAGCAAGACAGCACUCUUCGUUUAAUCCACUGCUUAGUAAGUGGUCUGGGGGGUGAUACCUCUUGCUAUUCAUCAGCCAGCGCAACUCUGACCCUUGCUUGCCUUUCUCUCCUGCAGCCACCGUUAGUGGCAAUGGAGCAGGGCGUGGAGGCGAGCUGUGGGCCUACCCCAGGGCCAGCUGCUGCUGAGCUGGCUGCUCCGAGAUUUCCAGGGGGCUGUUUUUGUUCAGCUUUUUGUGCCUUAACAUGCAGCUGUGCGGUGUUAUUGGCAUCGUUAGGAAUGUGCGUAAAGCUGUGGAAGUUCAACAGUGUUAAGUUAUAAACAUGGCGCCUGAGGUGGGCCCUGUAAUAGGAAAGUUUCUGUGAGGUGUAACUGCAGACUGUCCACCACUCCCACAUGUUUUAAGCAAUUUCUGUGCCAUUAAGCGUGGGUAAAGCUGUCGGUGAGGCACUUUUUCCCUACACUUGAGGAAGGGGCUGUUGAGGCCAAGCUGCCAGCGUUCGGGCUGGGAACAAGCCCCAAGCUCGUGAAGGGCCGAUUCUCUGCAGCUCCUAGAGUGUGGCUGGCUGCACAGACAGUUUGGGGAAAAAAAGCUGCUUAUGCUGUAAGAACUGGUGGGGAAGGGGGUGGUGGCGGGGCAGGUAUCGGCUUCUCAGCCCUCGUUGCUUGUGGGGCCCGCUCCGCAGGCCUUCAGCUGGCUAGGCCCAGGCACCCGCUGGCUGCCCUUGGAGCACAGCCGCCACCUGCUCCAACGCGGGAAGGUGGAAGGCAGCUCGGGUGUGCUUGGACAGUGCUGGACACCGCAGCUUCUGGGGGCUUGGUGCAGGAGGCACCAACCACAGCCACGUGUGCCAGGGUGGGGCUGCGAGGCGCAAGGCCUCUGCCAGCAUUGCAGCUAAAAUAAACGCCAAGCAGCUGAUGGAAGCAAAGCUUUGCCUUCAGUCUCCUUGCUAUGUUCACCUCUAGGCGAGAGGCUAUAGAUGUCACUAAACUAAAACUCUGUAACAAAUAGUAUUUUUUUUUUUUGGUCCAAAGCAACAUUUGUGUUGUCAUUUGUUUCAUUUUUUGCAUUUUUUGGUUGAGGAUCCCAGUGUUACAAUCCAGCUGCCAAGCUGCCACACGCAUCUCGGUGGCUGUUCAGUGUUUACAUUUCUAACUAACACCCAUCCCCUGCUGGGGGGACGGGGAAGAGGGGCCUUGCACCACUCAAUGACAUGGCUCGGGGUCUCUCAUAAGAUAGCCCAGGAGCAGUUCGUGAAAGACAGUUCCAGUGUUUAAGGAAGUAGUGUCAGGUUGUUGUACUUCUGCCAAGGUACAGAAGCUUUACAGUGAGACUUUGCCUUUUUUUUCUUUUUAACUGGCUUUUGUUCCUCAUGCAUUGUGAAAACACUUCAAAACAUAAUAAAUUUAUUUAAAAAAAAAUAAAUCUUGAAGUCAACAUCUACUAAUUUCAAAUGGGAUUAAGUUAUGCCAAUUUCUCUGCCUCACAGCAGCUGCAUGGUCGCCGGGCUCGAUGUCAGGGCGCAGUGCGGCAUGACAAGGAGCUGCAGCUCCAGCCCCUUUGCUUGGUGCCUCCGUGCCUUCGCGCUUGGCUUCGCCUGAGAGCUAGAAAUGCGCUGCUGGGACUGGGUCAGUGUUCACUGUUUGGAGUCUCCUGUCCCAGUACCCUGGCUGUUCUCUAAGACCUGCUGUACGUUUGUUUUUCUCAAUGCCCACAUAGCACGGUUACUGAUAUCUUAGUUUUCUGUAUAUUAAGUACUUGUUCAAUUUAUAUUUGGUGCACAAAGGUCACCAGUAAUCUUUUCCAGUAUAAAGGAAUAUGUUUGCAUUGUAGACGUCUCCAUGAUGCAUCAUUUACAGAUGUUGAAUUAAACUGUCCUUGGGAUUAAUAAAUAUAGUCACAUUAUCCACCGAAA